AAACUACUGAUGUGUUGCUGGCAUUUAAACCGGUUGAAGACAUUUCUAUUGAUCAAUCAUUUUGUAAAUGCUACUACCCAGACUGUGAGGACUGCGAGAAACCUUGUAGUAAUGAAAUGCUUUAUUGCGUAAGAUGUUAUUUUAGAAAACCAGAACCAGAGUUUAAAGUAUGGACAAGUGGUAAUUACGCAAUAGAUAUGAUAAUUCGACGCACCCAAAUUAAUAAUGACGAAAUUGACUUUUAUUGGGAGUGGAUAGAUCCAAAAGACUUGGCCAAUAUUCAAUAUCUUGCAGACGGAGCGAUUUCAUCCGUCUAUAAAGCAACAUGGCUUAAGGGAUAUCCCCGCAGGCAUAAUGGGUUAAGACCUCAAAGGGGGUCUGCUAUGGUUGCACUUAAAACGCUUGGCUCUUUCGAUGAAGCAACGAGUAUUAUAGAUGAGUUUAAUAAUAAAUUUCUUUCAAAUAAGAUAGAUAUUGAAACGUCUUCAGAAAUUUAUGGGUUAACUUUUCUCGUGCAGACAUAUCAAAUUGCUAUAGUAAUGGACUUCUAUGAAGGUGGAAGCUUGCGAAAUCUUCUUCAAAAGCAAGAAUUCUCCC